AUGCGCUUGACAGUCGAGCUCAUUCAAAAUUCCCUAUCAUACAUCAACCCGCUCACAGACCGCGAGCUGGAUCUCCGAGGGCACAAGAUCCCCGCAAUUGAGAACUUAGGUAUUGCCAAACCCAGCUUCAUUUCGCUUUGCUACUGUUUUUCUGGGCUUGGUGUUAACCUCUCGCAGGAUCAAGAUACGAUCGAUUUCACCGACAAUGACCUCUCUUCUCUCGGAAACUUCCCUCACUUUCCUCGCCUCUCUACCCUCCUCCUCGCUCGCAACCGUAUCAGUCACAUUCAGCCGUCGCUAGCAACCUCCCUGCCUAAUAUGAAGACCUUGGUCUUGACCGCGAACAAUCUGUCUGAGCUUGUGGAGCUGGAAGGACUGCGGGGCUUGACCAAAUUGACGCAUUUGACUCUUAUGGAGAAUCCAGUGACACGGAAAGAGAACUACCGCUACUGGGUCAUCUGGCGCAUUCCCUCAGUCCGCUUCCUGGACUACCGCCAAGUGAAAGACGCCGAGCGCACCGCAGCAAAGGAAAUCUUCGGCACCUUCGAGGAACCCUCAUCCCUCGCAUCCAAGAUCCUAGGCGUCAAGACCCGCACUUUCGACGUCAGCGCAGCAGAGCGCGCCCCUACCGAGAAGGGCAUCCGCGUACAACUGACCGACGCGGAGCGCAAACGUGUGGAGAAAAUGAUUCGCGAGGCAAAGAGUCUGCAGGAAAUCACAAGGCUAGAGAAGGAACUGAACGAGGGCCGGAUACCCGGUGGAGCACUCGGUGCGGAAGACGCGGACGGGGACGUGCAGAUGUAA